AUGGCCAUUGAAAUGGGAGUUGUUGGCACGCACACAGUAAUGCACAGCAAGAUGAGUCGUGAUGUUGGAGUUGACCAUAGUAAUAGCCCAAAAGGCGGCGCAAAAUUGGGCUCCCGAAUCGAUCUUCACAAGCUGCGCCACAACGUCAUUGAUCCCUUCCUUUACCAUCAAUAUGUCGCUCGUCGCAUAACCACCAUGGAAUCCGAUGAACUUACCACUGGGGCGACAAAUCCAAGCUCAUCUAUCCAAGUUUCCCUCCGCCAUGACCGUACUCUUCUCAUGUUCGUCGUUCAGUCGCUAGUCAGACUGAUGCGUUCUCAGCUUGGGAACAACACGCCAAAGCACGAGGAUGGCUCCAUCCGACUCAACCCGUCCAAGUCAAAGCUGAGUGGAUGCACACUCCGCGAACGCACCGUUUGCGACAUUUACAUAUACGACAUGAUACCCCCGAAUAGAUCCGAAAAGCCCUCUAAAAAGCGGAUAUAUUACUUUGCGGGAGGUAGCUGGCAGGAGCCGCCCUCACCACAACACUACAAGUUAUGCGCAAAGAUGGCUAAAGAGAUGACCGAUACAACCAUCUCCAUUGUCUCAACUCCGCUUGCACCCAACAAUCCCGCGCCGAGUGCAUUUCCCAUGUGCCUAAAAACAUAUCGCGCUCUCAUGUCGGAAGCCAAGAAGGCCGGAGAAAGGGCCAUUCUUGCGGGUGACUCUUCUGGCGCAAAUAUCGCGUUAUGCCUCGUUCUCGAGGCUCUAAGAGAAGACAGCGAGCACCAAGAAAUCGACACGAAACAGCUCCCACAUCCCAUUGCCAUCAUGGCCGUAUGCGCCUCAAUCGACCUGACCCGCAAGAACCCAGACAUCGAUGAAAUUGCGCCCAAAGACCCUCUUCUUACGCCCAAGACCAUCAGAGAAACGGCAAAAGCGUGGCGCGGUGACUGGGAUGCCGCCGAUCGCCGGAUUUCUCCAAUCAAUGCCGACAUCUCGCUGCUAGCAAAGAGGAACAUCAAGGUCCAUGGUAUCACUGCUGGUCACGACGUCUUAAGCCCUGAUGGUAUCAUGCUGCGUGAGAAAUGCGCGAAAGCAGGCGUCAAGGGAGAGUGGGUUCAUUGGGAGAGGCAAAUGCAUUGUUUUGUCUUGACUGUGCCGUAUGGACUAAAGGAAGCGAAACAUGCGGUCCAGUGGAUCAUUGAUGUUUUGAAUAGGGAUUGAUUGUUGGAAUUUUGUCAAUCGUCUCGGUCCAUAUACCCUCUGUCCUUUGUAAAUGGCGUUGUAGGGUAAUACUUCUGGGUAAACGAAUUUUACAGUCGAUAAUGUUUCAUCACAUACGCCGAAUGAUUAUGAAGGGCACUCCUCGCCGACAAAAUCGAUAGUUCUCGC